AGAUUUGCAACUAUGGGAUCCCGAGAGCCAGUACGAUCUUCAGAGAAUGCAAGUCUACAAGCUAAUGUCGGUGCUGAAACAGUUGCUGAGUUUAUGACCAAACAAUGCUCAUUCGGACAAUCUAGGCUUUACGCAGAGCAUGAUGCGUUGGUAAGGAGAGAGAAGCAUAUUUGGAAAUCUAACCGCAAUACCGAGAAAAAUCGAAAUCCCGCGGCGGUAUGUUAUAAUGAGGGAGCAGUAGAACUGACUACUUGUAACAAAAAAGAGGAGAAACUGGACAAGGAUCGCACAUACAUCAAUGCCAAUAUACUUCGAUCUCCUUACGGAAACUUUAUUUUAGCGCAGGCACCGAUGGCAGACACGCUCAUAGACUGGUAUCGAAUGAUUUGGCAGAUGAGAAUUUCCAUCAUUGUAUGCCUGAUUGAUCCUCAGAAUACGUCAUCUUGUGAACCUUACUUCAAACCCCGCGAGCACCAAACUCUCAAAACAAAAAAUCGAUUCAUUGUGAAAACAAUCUCAGUGAGAGAAGAGGAUGGUGGGAUUACAAAUUAUCAGCUACGUCUGACAAAUAAGUUGUCAUACGAGAAAAAUCGUACACUUUACGUGAUUGUUAUGCCAACAAGGCUAGACAAGCCAGUAAACCCGCGAAGGCAGCUGAACCUUGUACAAGAAGUCUGGGCAACGGAAACGGCAAACUCUAGCGUUGGACAAGAUACCGAACAACCUCCAGUACUGGUGCAUGGCUGUUUUGGUGUUAGUCGUACAGCAGCAUUUAUAGCCACGUGCAUGCUCUGUAAAUCGCUUCAAGUGACCGGAGAGAUGUCCCCUGUCGAAGUGUGGGCUCGCCUCAACCAUGCCCGCCACAAUGCAGCAAAGGAACGAAUGUACUUCUUCUCGUCGAUAGAAUGUGCUUUGCUGUUCGCCGUGGACAGUGGUCUCAUCUCAGCGAAUAAUCCAAAUCUUAUAGAAGCCAAUAAGAUGCUUCGUUCAUACUAUGAAGAAGAUCAAAAGAAAGAAAGACCUCCAUCGGCAAGUAAAGAAUAG